AUGAGAUUUCAAGUUCUUCUCACUGGUGCUACCGCCCUUGCCAUUGGCGUCGCUGCCGGCCCCGGCAUGAACCCCCACAAGACAUGUCAGGACCUCAACGACAGAGAUGGAGUCGACACCAUCAAUAUCAAGGCCCAGGAUACUGUCCUCCAGACUCGCGAAUGCGACAUCGUCUGCCCUAUCAGCAGGCUCUGGUGCGAGUAUCGCCCUUAUAACUACCGCUGCGACAGCUCCGGCAAGCUUCGCUACGAUCAGCGCCAUACCGACUGUGAGAAUGCCUCCUGGGGCUGUACCUGCGGCUGCGACUGGCGUGUUCCUGGUAUUGAGUCCGUGGAGGAGACAGAAAAGGCUUAG